AUGCCAGUCUCCACCCCUAGGGCCGUUUCUUCACUGAACACUUCCUUCCUUCUUUUUUUUUCUUUGUCUUCUUCUUCUUCUUCUUCUUCUUCUUCUUCUUCUUCUUCUUCUUCCACUCAUUCAAUUCACGCGUUUUGGCUCGCUGCCUUCACAACAAUUUCAUCCUUGCUGUCAUCCAAUUCACUGGUCAAUUUACCUCCUACUCUUCUCCUAACUCCUCCUCCUCCUCCUGCUCCUGAUUCACUUUGGUCUUCGUAUUGUUCUUUCUUUCUUUCUUUCUUUCUUUCUUUCUUUCUUUCUUUCUUUCUUUCUCAUCUGAAGUCCGUCAGUGACGACGACGACAACAACAACAUCUACUCCAUCAAAGGAGAAGAAGGAGAAUUGAAGAAAUCCCUGAUUGGUGACAUUAGGUUGACAUUGAUGGCUGCGAAGACCAUACUGAGACUCGCAUUGCCGUCCACAGCUCGGGCACUGAAUGCCGAUAUUUCAUGGUGGUGGCCCACGCACUAG